CACACCAUUUGUCUCAGCAGCGUCUGUGCCGCCGCCCCGGCAGUUGAUCGAUCCUCUUCUUCCAACAACGGCCAAGUCGCUUCUCACGGUGCCCCCACUUUCCACAAAUGGGUUAGCGGCCGUCCUUGCCGUUUGCGACCUGGUGGCCCGCUGUCACGCAUCCCUACAAACACGUGAGCCGUCGCGUCUGCUUUGUUUUCGGUUUACCUCUCCCUUGCUCUCUUAAUGGACCUGUACAUCAGCCGUGCUCUCUACACGACAUCAAAAUGCCCCUUACAGAGAAGCACGUCAAGAUCAUUUCAGAACGCCCACUCAAUGAUACUCUUGAUCCUUUCCGAGACAAAUUGCGCGACUUCAACGAGACCAGCGACCCGCGACAAGAAGAUAUUGCGAGUCUUCUCUCGGCUUUAGUUGCCUCGCCAGCUGCGUUUAGCCUUCCUUCGCCGGACGAAAGCGGUAGCGUUGCAGUCAAGCUUCUAUCUAUUCUACAAUAUGUCCGAGGGGGCGAAAUAAAGACCCAGCAAUUCCAUCCUCUCGUCCGCCAUGUAAUUGCCGAUUCCCCCGAUAUCGACGUCUGGGAAGCUGUCUUCACCGUCAUCGAUUCUCUUAGCACCCUCACUCCUCCCCCAUCCAGCAUUGCCCCGACCUUCAAAGGAACACCAAUCAAAACCAGCUCGAGCCGACUUGCCGAUAGCGAAACGCGCGACGUCGUUGAAGGAGAACUCUUCUUCGAGAUAAAGGACUGCACCUUUCGCAAUGUGAAGGGAUUUUGCGACAAGUUCUUUGACUCCAGGCGCUGGCGCAAAGAGCAGAAAGCAAUGCUGAAGGGGAUGAUGACAGCACACGACGGAAAGAGAUGGACAGACUUCCCGACCCCUUCGGACGAAAAGCCGGUCUGGGACUGGUUCCGUGCACUAGAGGAGCGCUUCCUAGCCGAUGCAUCGUACAAGCUUCAUACCACUAAAACCGCCCACCAGUUCCAGGAACGGAGAGGCCAGAUGGAUAUCUUCUUCCAGACGCCAGCCAAGAAAACGGACGGCACCUUUUGGUACAAGCAUGUCCUUGUCGUUGGAGAGCAAAAGAAGUCAUACGACACGGGCAGAUUUAAGGCGGACCUUCUUCAGAUUACGCGCUAUGUGCGAGGCGUCUUCGCCGACCAGCCGACGCGCCGAUUUGUCCACGCGUUCUCUCUCUGCGCGUCCACGAUGGAGCUCUGGGUCUUCGAUCGAUCUGGACCGUACAGCUCUGGACCAUUUGACAUUCAUGACGAGCCGGAUAAAUUUGCGCGCGCUUUUGUUGGGUAUGCCACAAUGGACGACGAUGCGAUGGGCCUGGACACAUUCAUCGAACGAAAGGACGGGCAUCGCUGUGUUAUAUUGGACGACCUAAAUGGCAACGAAUCGAAGAUUAGGCUGAGGAGCCCGAUAGUCAGGCAGAAGGCAGUUGUUUGUCGAGGGACCACAUGCUUUGAGACUCGAAAUAGCCAUGUUGCGAAGUUCUCGUGGGCGUCGGAUAAGCGGAAGCUGGAGGUGGAACAGCUAAAGCUAGCAGAAGAACGGGGCGUCAAGGGAGUGGCCAAAGUGGUGGCGCAUCGUCGAAUCACUACCAUUGCAGAGAUACGUGACGGCUUGGAGUUUCUGGAACGUCAUCGGUUCCGGGAUGAAGACGUCCACGCUGACGAUCCGCCAUCAACCACUGCAAGCACGAACUCUUCAGGUCAAAAGCGCAAGUCAUCGUCCGACCACACAUCCGACGACGCGUCCGGAUCCAAGAAGCGGCGGUCCAACAGUCAGAAGUCGAGGCUGGUCCGAGAGUUAAACGACCAGCUAUCAAUUGGCAGGGCCAAGCCGAGCUUGUAUACGCCUGGUGAGGACCUGUGGGAAAAUAGGAUAUAUUCCUGCCUCGUCGUAUCGCCAGCCGGCCGUGUUAUUAGCGACUUCAGAACCAUCAAGGAACUGCUGGAGUCGAUGCAAGAUGCGAUCAAGGCUCAUCAGUCUCUCUACGUCAAUGGCAACAUUCUCCACCGCGACAUCUCAGCAAAUAACAUCAUUAUUACGAAGCCCGAGACGGCCGAUGGCUUCAAGGGUAUGCUCAUCGACCUUGAUCUGGCCAAGGUGAGACACAGCGGCCCGAGCGGAGCGCGGCAUCAGACGGGCACGAUGCAAUUCAUGGCGGUCGAGGUGCUACGUAAAGCUGACCACACUUACCGUCACGAUUUGGAGUCGUUCUUUUACGUCUUGCUUUGGAUGUGUGUGCGGCAAUCAUGGAAUAACGGAUUCGCCGGCGAAGAGAAGCCACGUAAGGUAAGCCUUCUCCGAAAAUGGGAGAUUGGGGGAUUUCAAGAUAUCGCAGAUGCCAAGGAGGGUCACAUGACCGUGAACAGUCUCGAAAGGAUAAUGAGCGAGUUUCCAGAGGCGUUAGAUGUUGUUAAGCCGCUCUGUCUGAGGAUUAGGAAGAUUCUCUUUCCGUUGGAUCAAGAUGAAAGGAUGAGCUUUGGAACCCCUGCAGGAGACCCAGACCAACUUUAUGCACCCAUCUUAGCAGCAUAUGAUGCUGCUAUCAGCGAUCGAUAGUACGGGAGCCGGUGUGGCUGUACCCUCAGCAAAUGGAAAAUUAAAAAUCCCGUGUGGCCCACCAUCGUCACGUCCUGUCGUAUUCUACGCCCAACGAAUGGAACUUGCCCUUCAAAGGCGCGCAUCCCAGUGCUACAGAGUCCCUUAAAGUACUUGUCAAACGGGGCCUGGCCAUCCAGAGGUGGGCCUCAUUCGUAUCCACGCUGGGUUAUUCGACAAAGCAAGUUCUGGCGGACUUUGUCUUUGGUGCGUUG